AGUUGUCAUCGUUGUCAUUUUAAUUUUCCAUCAUUUGGAAAUUGAUGUAUUAAAUUUAUUUUUUAACUCAAGUACAAAACAUAGUGUUAGCAAUUGUCAAAAACAGUGCAGUCUUUAAGGUAUAGAUGUAUCGAAAAACGUGUAAAUUAACUUAAUUUAUUUAGCAGUUAUGUUGGCAUUCUACUGACCUUUUUACCCACUACCACUAAUCACCUAUAAAUAUGGCAAAUAUAGAAAUUAGACAUCUGCUUCAGAUAAAUAGGAUACCAGAAAGUGAUAUCACCUUAAUAUUGUUCAUACUCUACCUCCCCGUUGGAUUAGUAUUAAUACUAUUAAGAUCAUUUAUACUCUUGAGUCUUUUUCUCAUCACUCAGGUUUUACCAGACACACCAGUUUCUCAGAAACUCAUUAAUAGAAUAGCAUGUGUAGGAUUAGGAAUAUCAAUUCACGUCGAAAAUCCCAAAGUUAAGGACAAUGUCCAUAUGUACAUUAGCAAUAGUUUAUCUAUUUUCGACCAGAUAGCAGUUUGUAGUGCCUCUGGAGCUGUUUCGCCUAGCUGCAGAACAACUUUGGAGAAAGUAUUAGGGCUUAGUACUUAUUGCUUUGGAUCGAUCACAAAUUUGGAUAAUUUUAAGAAUAAUAUCAAACAAUUUAUGGUAGAAAAGAAGACACCUUUAUACUUUGCCCCAGAAGAAAAACUCACCAACGGAAAAGCGCUUUUGAAGUUCAAAACAUAUCCAUUUGAGUUUGCCAAUAAGGUUCAACCUGUCUGUAUUAGAAUAGAGAGACCAUUUUUGGACGUUGCUGUUACGACUGUAGGAUCAACAUUCGUUAGUGACAUGUUAUAUUUUCUUUUUGUACCAAUAACUAAUUACAAACUAACUUUCUUGGCUCCCUUAGAAAAGAGAACAAUGUCUGACGAUGAAUUUGGAGAGAUAGUGCGACAGAAUAUGGCUACAUCUUUAAAGGUACAAAUAACCAAUUAUACCUCAAAUGAUUUAGCAGAAUGGGAAAAACGAACAUUGGCAGAUCCUCCACAAAGGCCGCAAACCCGGUUUGCUGGUCCUAGAACUCUCAAUCCAGAGCUGCAAAGGAUGGGUAAACAAGUAAAAGAAGUUUUACCGCAUGUUCCACUUACCGCUAUUUAUAGUGAUUUAUAUGUAACUAGAAAUGUAGACAUAACAAUAACAAACAUCCUAGAAGGACGCGUACUCUUCACGCCCGAGCAACCUUCAGCAACUACUACUAGCCUACCUUCAACUUCGUCUAUUUCACCUAGUUCUAAUGUAACAGGAGCUUCCACUUCCGGCAGUAAAACGUCCUUUAAUACUGCCGCCUCUUCUUUUUCCAGAUCUGCAUCGGAACGCAGCAGGUCGUUCCAAGAACGCAAGGAACAACUGAUCGCCACCGCAAGAAGGCGGUAUAUCGAAAAACACAAUCUCGAUAUACCGAUUUAGAGUUCGAUCUGACUAACGCGACUGAAAUGUUGAUGAAUGUAAAUUUUAUUGAAGGUGUAGUUAAUUUUACAAUAUAUUUUUGAUUUUGAACAUCUACACUAAACGCA